UUCCCUGCCAACUUCUUUUCUCCACAGCAGCAAGAUGUCAGAGGUAGAAAAUGCUUUCCGUAAAUUUGCGAUGUAUGGUGACACAUCUGCCAGUGGCAAUGACAUGACGGGGAAAAACUUCUCCAAGAUGUGCAAAGAGUGUGGAAUUAUGGAUAGGAAAGCCGUGACCAGCACUGACGUUGACAUUGUAUUCAACAAAGUCAAGACCAAGGGUGCCCGCACCAUCAGCUUUGCUGAGUUCCAGCAGGCCAUGAAGGAGCUCUGCGGCAAGCGCUUCAAGGGCAAAUCACCGGAGGAAGCGCUGCAGGCAGUGUAUGGCCUCAUCGAGGGGAAGGAGCCCAGCAGUGUGGGCGCCACGGUGAGUAUGAGUUUCCCCACUUGCUGUGCACCUUGAGCUGCCACAGGACCAUUCGUUCCUGCUGUAGGGACCCACAAAGAGCGUUUUGAUGAGAGUGGCAAAGGGAAGGGUCUUGCUGGCCGCCAGGAUCUGACGGACAACAGUGGCUACGUUGGAGCCUACAAGGGAGCUGGCACGUACGACCGGACACACUAG